UUGUUCGGCGGUGAAACGACCGUUAAGGUGACUGGCGAAGGACAAGGUGGUCGCAAUCAGCAAAUCGUCCUUUCGGCACUCUCGAAGUUACUCGAGAAGAACACCGCGCAGCAUCUCCAAGGACAAUUCGCGUUGCUAAGUUCGGGAACAGACGGUCAGGAUGGUCCGACUGAGGCGGCCGGUGCGGUGUUGACCAGUGAGGAUUUGGCGUUGAUUGCUAAGGAAGGCUCAGAGUUGAAAUUGGACGAUGUGAAUGAAUUCUUGCGCAACAACGACUCGUACAAUUUCUGGAAGAAGUUCCAAGACGGUGUUUGUCAUGUGCAAACUGGACCGACUGGAACGAAUGUAAUGGAUGUGCAGAUUUUGUUGAUUAAUAAGCAAAAAAGUGAGAAGUGA